AAGAAAAGAGCAGAAUGGAGGAGAGACAGGAGGCGGAGAUGAAAGGAGCCGCGACCGACGGAACUGACGUCACUCGCAUCGUGUAAACUGUUGAGCUGAUCCAUGGUAACAGAGUCAGUGCAGCAACACCGCGCGCACAGACACACGCACGGGAUCCGACAGAAAUGCCUCGAACCUGGAUCGCACCUGCAGCGGUUCUUGCUUCUUACGCACGAGCGGCGCUCGGACGCGUGUUAGACACGCCGUCGGCCUUUUAAACGCGACGCACCUGCCGGGAAUCCAAAACAUUUGAUGUAUUACUUCUAUAAAUCUACUGUCAGGUCACAAGAAGCAAGGAAACCAGCGAAAUGUGUGGUUGAACUGCUUCUCAUCUCAGCGCUUUCGCUUAUUUCUUACAGACUCCAAUACGAGCAAAUGAUUUUAAUCCGGAUGAAAUAAUGACUCUUGUGGAUUAACGCCUUCAUUGUCACUCCAGUUUUUGCUUUGUCGGGAUCAUCUGCCUUUACCAUUUGCCAUUACAGUCUGUAUAUUACAGCCAUAUUAAUAUAAUAUCGUGAAGAUGGCGACUGGAGCGGGCUGGCAGCAUUACUACAACCCCGCUGGCAGCGCUUCGACGGGGAAAUAUAACAGCACCUCCACUUCAACAUCCACCAGCACGUCCUUCCCGUCCGGUUUAUCCCUCGAAUACACGCAGGACCUCCAUCUGAAGAUGAGCAAGAAGAUAGCGCAGCUGACCAAGGUGAUCUAUGCCCUCAACACCAAGAAUGACGAGCACGAAGCGGCCAUCCAGACCCUGAAGGAAGCCCACGAGGAGGAGGUGCAGCAGAUCCUCUCGGACACACGGGAGAAGAUCAUGCAGUACAAGAGCAAGAUCAGCGAUGAGAUGGACUUGAAGCAGCGCAUUCAGUCUCUGGAGGAGUCCAUGGAACUGCACGAGCGGAUGAAGAUGCGCCAGGCCCUGGCGGAGUUUGAGACAUACCGCCAGAGGGUGGAGGACAUGCAGCUGUGCACGGAGGCACAGCACACGCAGCGCGUGGUCACCAUGUCCCGAGAGGUGGAGGAAAUGCGACGCUCUUUUCGCGAGAGAAAACUCCGCUCCUUUGGACAGUUGCAGGCCCAGUUUGAGCAGGAGAAACAGCAGGCUCUUGAGGAGCUACGUGCUGCACAUCGGCAGGAGGUUCAAGAUCUGCUUCGUUCACACCAAAGCCUGAAUGCCAACUACAGCAAAGACCAGGAGAAACUGGGACAGCUUCAUAAAGCGGAGGUGGAUUCACUGAGUGAAAGGGUCGAGGAACUGAAACAGGACAAGAAGCGUCUGGUGGAGGAAUACGAGGCCACUAAUAAAGCCCAGGCCUUCUACGAACGGGAACUGGAGGCCAUGAAGCGCACGCAGCAGAUGACUGCAGAGAACCUGCUGGCCUGGAAGAAGACCGAAGCGGAGCUGAGGAAGGAGUUCCAGGCACAGGAAGCGGCGUUGCAGAAGACUCUGGGGAAGCUGCGCAGCGAACUGCAGCGGGGGGUGCAGGAGGAGGCCGGGAGAGAGAGCAGGGAGAAAUCCCACAAACUGCAGGCCUCCCUCAUUGCUGCGGAGAACAACAUCAAGAUCGUGGAAAUCAGGCACCAGAGGGAGUCUGAGGUGGAGGGGGGCUGGAGGGCAUCCAGAGACAGAGUGCAACAGCAGGCCCACAGGACCUCUCUGCCGUCCAGUCAGAUCGGAAGCCUGCAGGCCCCCAGAAUGACUCACGAGGCUGUCAAUUGGGAUCUGGAAUCGAAAAGUCUCGUCCUGAAGACAAGGAGUCUGCGUCUGGAGGAGGAAAGAGGGGCGCUGCAGAAGAAAAGUCAGACGCUGGACGAGAGGCAGAGACAGCAGAUCCUCUCCCUGUCAAUUCGAGAAGAGAAGCAGAUCUAUGAGAAGGAGCUCAUGAACUUGCGUGCCAAAUAUGAAGAGGACACUGCUCACUUUAAUGCCCACAGCCGGGCGUUGGACCGAGAUCUCCAGUGGAAGCACCGGGCAGCUCUGGAGAACACGCAGGGCUUCUCUGAGAAAGAGAAGAACCGACUCCUGUCCGAGAGAGAGAGAGAGAGAGAGAGAAUGAAGCCUAGGCCCUGUCCACCGCUCUGGCUUAUCUUGGCGCAUGCCAACACGGCUCGAGUGCGACGGUGUGUCCAAAUUUUGGUGCGCAACUACUAUCGGAGGAAGAACAGACCUAUGAAUCGGUGUCCUUUCCCUUCAACACAGAGACAAAGGCAUCUGCGCAAAAGUGGUGUAACUUCUGCUGUUCCUCAGGUGAAGUCGACCCCAGGAGCUGAUGAAGUCAUGGAGAGCGAGGGGGCUCAGUUUCUGCUGAGGGACACAUCUUCCAAAUCUGAAGGACGCCCAGAAGAAGCUGGAGAGAUGGAGACUCGAGAAACAACAGCAUGGAUUCCAAACUGCGCGGACGCUACCCAAGAGCAAGAGUGUAAGAAACUGCGUGAGGAGCUGCGUGAAGAGCAUGAGGAGAAUAAAAGGUCAGCGCUCACUCAGCUGGCACAGAAUAAAGAUCAGGAGCUGUGCUCCGCCAGAGAGAGCUGGCAGAGGAAGGUGGAGGACCUUCUGGAGCAGAUUUCCUUGCUGAAACAGAGCCUGGAGAUGCAGCUUUCCCAAUCCCAGUUGUCCCUGCAGCAGCUGCAGGCACAGUUCAGUCAGGAGCGAGAGCAACUGGGACAGCAGCCGUGCAUGGAAAAAUGGAGCUGGUAGCAACAGCGAAGGAGCAGCGGGCUGCAGGAAGCCCAUUGCUGCGCUAUGCAGGACCAUGCAGGAAAGACCCUUGAGGAGCGUCUACGGCAGCAGCACCACAUGGAGCUUCAGACUCUGCGCGAGGCUCACAGACAGAACAUCGAGACUCUGAAACAGCAGUCAGAGCAAGAACUGCAGACCCUCCGCUUCGAACUGGAGGAUGAGGGCAAGGCCAUGCUGGCAUCCCUGCGUUCCGAGCUGAACCAUCUUCACGCAUCAGCCAUUGAACAUAUGCGUCAAACCCAUCAACAGGAAACAGUGGCUGCCAAACAGGAACUGGAGAACGCUCUGGAAAAGAGCAGAGUUCAGAACGUUGAGCUUCUGAGUCGCAUCUCAGAUCUGCAAGAGGAGUCCAGUCGCAGGAAGAAGCACAUUGCCUGAUCUGGCCCACGAGAUUUUCACACCCUGAAUGAGAACAUCAGCACUUGACCAAGGAGCUGGAACCUCAAGGGCAAAGAGGUUUUGAAGAUCCGUAGUGAGGCCAAAUCAGCAGAUCAGGUUGAAGCUCAUGAGCAGGACCUGUGUAAGAAACACGAGCGGGAGAUGGCCGAGCUGAAUGCUCUCCAUCACAGAGAAACACAGAACAUGCUGUCAGACUUCAACAAGGCCCAGGAACUGCUGAAGGAUAAGAUCUCCGCCCUGCAGAUCCUGUUGGAGGGAACAGAAGAAAAAUUCCGGAACAGAGAGAGCAGGCCCGAAGAUCUGCAGACAAUAGCCGAACUGAAGGACAUGGUGGCCGAGAGAGAAUCUUUGGUCAAGAAACUGGUGGAUGAUAAAAAGUUUUACCAGCUGGAGCUGGUCAACAGAGAGACCAACUUCAACAAAAUAUUCAACACAAACCCAAAUGUUGGUGUCAUUAACCCUAUUGUCAAGGUAAGACGAAAGAACGACAAAUCAGCCACCCGAUUCAGCAGCUCGGCCAAUCUUAGGGCCAAUGUGGAGGCUUCCGGGACAGGGAGCGGCCAGCCCCAGCCCACCGCCUCGAACCCAUCCCCAACUCCCCCCAUUCACCAGCUGGAGCCUAACACGAGCAAACCCCUGCCCCCACCAACCCCUCUCACCGAAGCCAAGAAAUUGACGAGCCCUCCUGAAGGAGAAGAAUCACCCAUCACCUCUCCAGACCCCCAGAGACAAGAAUGGUUCGCUCAGUACUUCUCCUUCUGACUUUUGCAAUUAAAGAGCAUGUUGACCAAACCAAAUAAAAAA